UUCCCCGGGAAUCGAAAACGUUCUCCUCUAGUAGUAGUAAGUCUCUAACCCCCCACCCACGCCUACAGCAACAAGCGAGAAAGAGUAAUAAUUCUCCUCACACCCCUCUUUCUUUCUCUCUCUCUCUCUCUCUGUCUCUCUCAAUUCUCCUCCCAUGGUGCUUCGUCUCCGACCCGGUUCACUUCCCCCGAACCGCCGGGGAAAACCGCCCCUCCCAACUCUCCUGUAGCUCCCAAUUCCGGUCUAAUUCCCCCGAACCGCCCCGGUCCGACCGAAUGGGUUCGCUCUUCGCUUGGCUCUUCUUCCUCUUCCUCCUCGCCUUCUCCCCGGUCCGGUCCGAGCCAGUCCAGGACCGGUCGGCGCUCCUCGCCUUCAUCGGCGCGGUCCCGCACGAGCAGCGCGUGCAGUGGAACGCCUCCGUCUCCACGUGCGACUGGGUCGGGGUCACGUGCGACCCCAACCGCACCGUGGUGGAGGAGCUCCACCUCCCCGGCGUGGGCCUGGUGGGCCCGAUCCCGGCCGGGACGCUGGGCCGGCUCACGAGCCUCCGCGUCCUCUCGCUCCGGUCCAACCGCCUCUCCGGCCCAAUCCCCGACGACCUUGCCAACCUUACCCUCCUCAGGGGCCUCUAUUUACAGGACAACCAGUUCUCGGGCGAGAUCCCGCCCGGGCUCGGCCGGCUCGGGCGGCUCGCCCGGCUCGACCUGUCCGCGAACAACCUGAGCGGUUCGAUACCCUACGCGCUCAACAACCUCACCCACCUCACCACGCUCCGCCUGGAGAACAACCGCUUCUCCGGGAGCCUCCCGAGCAUCAGCAUCGACUCGCUCCGAUCCUUCAACGUCUCCGACAACGGCCUCAACGGGUCGAUCCCGAGGCCGCUCUCGCGCUUCCCCGCGUCCGCCUUCGCCGGAAACCUAGGUCUCUGCGGCGCGCCGCUCCCGCCCUGCAACCCCUUCUUCCCCUCCCCGGCGCCGUCGCCGGGGAGCGAGGUGAUCCCGGGGCAGCGCUCGAAGAAGAAGAAGAGGCUCUCCGCGGGGGCGAUCGUGGCCAUCGCGGUGGGCUCCGCCGCGGGGGUCCUCCUCCUCCUCGCGCUCCUCGCGAUAUGCUUGGCCGCGCGGCGUCGUCGGCGGACUGCGGCGGCGGGGGGCCCGAAGGGGGGCGGCGCCGCCGCCACCCCGGCGGGGGCGGGGGCGAGGUCGGGGGACACGGGGAUGACGUCGUCGUCGAAGGAGGAGGCGCUCGGGGCCGCGGGAGCAGGGGCCGCGGCAGGCGAGGCGGAGAGGAACCGGCUGGUGUUCGUGGGGAAGGGGGCCGGGUACAGCUUCGACCUGGAGGAUCUGCUGCGGGCGUCGGCGGAGGUGCUGGGGAAGGGGAGCGUGGGGACGUCGUACAAGGCGGUGCUGGAGGAGGGGACCACCGUGGUGGUGAAGCGGCUCAAGGACGUCGUGGCGUCGAAGCGGGAGUUCGAGCUCCACAUGGAGGCGCUGGGCGCGAUCGACCACCGCAAUUUGCUGCCCGUGAGGGCCUACUACUAUUCCAAGGACGAGAAGCUUCUCGUCUUCGACUACCUCCCCGCCGGAAGCUUAUCCGCCCUACUCCACGGAAGCAGAGGCUCAGGCCGGACCCCACUGGAUUGGGAGAGCAGGAUGCGGGUCGCACUGGCGGCAGGCCGCGGCCUCGCCCACCUGCACUCCGGCCCGCACCUCGUCCAUGGCAAUGUGAAGGCGUCCAACGUCCUCCUCCGCUCCGACCUCGAUGCUGCAGUCCUCUCCGACUACGCGCUCUCCCCGCUCUUUGGCACCGCCACCCCUCCCAACCGCAUUGCAGGCUACCGUGCCCCGGAGGUCCUCGAGACGCGCCGCCCUACUUUCAAGUCUGACGUCUACAGCUUCGGUGUUCUACUACUUGAGCUCCUUACGGGCAAAGCGCCGAACCAGGCAUCGCUUGGCGACGAGGGGAUCGACCUGCCGCGGUGGGUGCAGUCUGUGGUGCGCGAGGAGUGGACGGCGGAGGUGUUCGACGUGGAGCUGAUGAGGUAUCAGAACAUAGAGGAGGAGAUGGUGCAGGUGCUCCAGAUUGCGAUGGCGUGCGUGCAAAUGGUGCCUGACGCUCGUCCCGAUAUCUUGGAGGUCGUAAAGAUGAUGGAGGAGAUAGCGAAUCGGACGGAGGGCACGGAUGAGGGGUUGCAGAUUUCGUCGGAUGAGCCGUCGAGAGGCGGCGGGUCAGGUGGGCCCACGCCGCCUGCGUCACGGACACCGUGAAUAGUGGGAUCAAGGGAAGGGGUGGAAUUUGUGCAUGGUAUAUUUUUUUUUCUUCUUUUAUUCUUCUACAAAUUGAUCAUUUUUUUUUCCUGUGAGUUUGUUUCUCAAUGUAAUCAAAUUUUUAUUUGUCGUGGAGGGCGGAUGGAUUCCAUGGCUUAUGGGAGCAGGGCGUUAAUUGUCAAUCUGUUUGUUUUAGUUAAAAGUAAUUUAUUGGAAUCUCUGUUUUUUUCUGGAAUUCAUUGUUUUCUUUUUCUUCCUA